CAAACUACUGCAUCCGAAUAGUCCUCUUUGCUUAGGAAGGUUCAUAACGGAGUGAAAUGAGCCGAAAGUCCUGUAAGUGGCUGCCUUAAUAAGAGCCGUUAGGAACCAUUGGGAGUAUUGGGACGCAGCCAGAAAUGAAGACCGGCUGCCUGCCAACAUUGUUUGACUGCGAUAUAAAACCAGGAAAAGCAGAGCGCACUCAGUGUUUCUCCAGGAGCCUCUGGGUUUUAUGUUGUUUCUUAUUUUUUAUCUAAAUAAAAAAACUUGGGAGGAUGUUUGCCCGUUUAGUUAUUCUGGUCGUUUCCUCGAUGAGUUUCCUGCACAGAUUCCAUGUGUCCGGUUGUGAUACAAACUGUGCAGAUAAACCAGUUUUCACUCCAUCCAGUCUGGUGGUGAAGUUCGGUGACCCCACCUCUGCCAACUGCUCUGUGUGUGAGCACGCUUGUGUCAAAAAUAAAUAUGGUGUGGAAAGCCCCGCGGGAGUCACGAGGAAGGACGGAACCACGAUUUCAUGGACAGUCGAUUCACUGACUGAGUGGUCGGUGUCGUCAUUGUGUUUCUAUAGUGAUGAUGCUGGUCACCAGUGUUGUACCUUCCUGCCUGUUACUGUCUACCAACCUCCACAAAAAGUGUCCAUCAGCUUUGUUAACCUCACUGGGCCGAUGUUGGAGGGGCGUCAGUACACUCUGCAGUGUACAGUAGAGCACGUGGCUCCUGUUAAGGACCUCCGUGUGACCUUCUACAGAGGACAGACAGCACUGGGUCAACCACAGUCCAAUAACACCACGGUGGAGAAACCAGUGAUUCAGAUCUUCAGUGUGGACAUCAGCCCGGGUAGAGAAGAAGAUGGAGCUCAGUACUGGUGUGAAGCCAAGCUGGAACUGGGACCUGAAGGACCAAAGCUCCCUCCAGUGGAGACGUCACAAAACAUCACUGCUACUGUGCACUAUCAGCCUCAUCUGGAGGGAUCAUCACAUCCAGAUACAAUCAGAGUCCGGGAAGGAGAACUUCUACGACUGAACUGCUCGGCUGUAGCAAACCCCCCCCCCACGUACACCUGGACGUACCCGUCAGGGAGAAGGGAAGCCUCCCAUGCCGACGUUCUGACUAUCAACUCCACCACUGUGUCGGAUGGGGGGAAGUUCACCUGUUCAGUGGUCAACCUGCUGGGAAAUGUCACCAAGGAGUUUGACGUGGAGCUUCAGGCAAACCCCACGGGAAUCAUCAUUGCCGUCGUAGUUGCGGUUGUCCUUGUGAUCGUGGCCUCGGGCCUGGUUGCAUACUAUUGCUACAGACAGAAUCGGUGGGGACAGUACAACCUGAAGGAGGUUUUUUCCCGCUCUCACAUGCGUCACUCUGCUGUUCCCACUGCGAAUUGAGGCUGUUGGCACUUCCUGUCAUUACUCCACUGAUGGUGUCUAAUGAACUAAAAUGUCAAUGUCAGAGAAUUUGUUUGUUCUAAAGUACUUAAAGAAAGAAGCAAGCCAAGAAAUACAUAUAAAACAAUUUUCAACACGGUUUCCGUUUGCAUGUAUUUGCUGUGAAUGUGUUUGUGUGCUGUAUUGAAAAGAGGAAUUCAUAUACAGAGAAAAAGCUUUAUGAUGAUGAACUCACACUUGAACUUCUAUUAUGAUGAAUAAGCUCUGAUCUAUAUUCAUUCAUGCAAAUAAACAAUAACAAUGAGAUGCAC